GCUUGGAGAUGCAGAGCAGCUGCUGGUGUCACUGAGAGUCUGGACCUUUGGAUCUGCUCAGGAUGAAGCUGGGAGGCCGACUCUGCACCCUGAACGUCGGCGGUCGCCGGUUCUCCUUCCCGGUGGAGCUGAUGAAGCGGCUGCCCCUGAGCCGGCUCAGCCGGCUGCACAGCGGUCUGUCUGAGAGCGAGCUGCUGGAGCUCUGCGACGACUACGACCGAGACAGGAACGAGUUCUUCUUCGACCGCCACUCGGACGCCUUCAGCUUCAUCAUGCUGUACGUGCAGCACGGGAAGCUGCGCUUCGUGCCGCACAUGUGUGAGCUGUCCUUCUACAACGAGAUGCUGUACUGGGGCCUGGAGAGCUCCGACCUGCAGCUGUGCUGCCAGCGCCGCCUCGACCAGCGCAUGUCAGACUGCUUCGUCCACUUCUUCCCCGAAGAGGAGCCCCAGGGCCCGGAGGAGCCCGGGAGACGCUGGCUGGACAGGAUGAGGAGGACCUUUGAGGAGCCCACGUCGUCGCUGGCGGCACAGAUCUUGGCCUCUGUGUCUGUGGUGUUUGUGGUCAUCUCCAUAGUGAUGCUGUGUGCCAGCACCUUACCCAGCUGGAAGGCUGCAGAGAGUCUGGACCAGCACCAGAUCGUCGAGGCGGUCUGCAUCGGCUGGUUCACGGCGGAGUGCCUGGUCCGUUUCCUCGUGUCCCGGGACAAAUGCGAGUACGUCCUCCGGCCUCUGAACAUCAUCGACCUGCUGGCCAUCAUGCCCUACUACAUUUCCGUCACCAUGACGAUGCUGACGGGGGAGAACUCCCAGCUGCAGCGGGCCGGGGUGGCGCUGCGGGUCCUCCGCAUGAUGCGGAUCUUCUGGGUCAUCAAGCUGGCUCGUCACUUCCUGGGCCUCCAGACUCUGGGCCUGACGCUGCGCCGCUGCUACCGGGAGAUGGUCAUGCUCCUGGUCUUCAUUUGCGUUGCCAUGGCGAUCUUCAGCGCGCUGGCCCAGCUGCUGGAGCACGGCUUGGACAUGGAGACGGGAAACCAGGACUAUGCCAGCAUCCCCGCCGCCUGCUGGUGGGUGGUGAUCUCCAUGACGACCGUCGGCUAUGGUGACAUGUACCCGGUGACGGUGGCGGGCCGUGUUCUGGGCGGCGUGUGCGUCGUGAGUGGCAUCGUCCUGCUGGCACUCCCGAUAACCUUCAUCUACCACAGCUUCGUCCAGUGCUACCACGAGCUGAAGGUCCUCUCGGCUCGCAGCUGUCGACCGAUGCUAACAUCUGAGGAUGAGGACGGCGAGGCUUCGGCCGACCCCGCUCACGCCGGCGACUCACCAGAAGCGUCCUCAUCCUCACUUCACGACGAAUAAAUAAAUAUUUCUGCUUCCUGUCAACAA